AUGAAUUUUGUAAACAGAUGGGUCUUGAGAUCCGCUCUGAACUUCGCAAGUGAUGGAGAAGUAGUCAGAGAAGUAGGUAGAGAGUUCCAGAGAAAAGGACAAGAAAAAGCAAAAGCAGAUUUGGCAAAAGAGUGUUUAACACGAGUUAAGAAAAAGCGAGAAGAAGAAGACGAUCGUAAACCGGGGCGUUUAGUUGCAUCAUUUUUUACGUGUGACGAGAUUUCGGUCGGUAAAAAAAUUUUAGUUUCCGAAUAUGAAAUGUUGAAAAAGGAUAAAAUCAAACAGUUGAACCGAGGAAGUAAUAAAUAUGAAAAAGUUUGUGAUAUUGUUGACAUAUUUGUUGAACUGAUGGAUAAUAAAUUAUCUGAACAGCUGCCAAUAUUUGUUAUUUUUAACAUUGAAAGAGUUCCUAUACGUCUGGCCAAGGAUAAUAGUAAAAUGGUAUGCGAAAGUUUAAAUAAAUUAAAUGAAAGAUUAGACAACAUCGAAAAAAAUAACCAGUUGUUCUUAAAGUUUAUGCAGUCUCAUAGUGGCGUCACCAAACCUCAAUCCGGCAGUGACCAAGUAGGGAAUGUCUCUUUCAACGCCAGAGAAACUGAUGUCAAACAAGCCACUAAAAUGUCAUACUUGGAUACAGCGAAAUUAAAUCUUCCAGCAGAUAAUGUUGCUGUUGAUAGCAAUAACAGCUCUCCUUGGAUGGUGGUUCCCAAUAAAGUUAAUAAACGUAAACAAGAUGAUGCUAACAUCAAUAACGUUAAUAAAAGGAUUUUGAAGCCAACUUCGCUACCAAUCAAAAAAACGGUCGGGAAGCUAUGCGACACCACAGGGUCACUUAAACUAAAAGGCGCGGAAAAGAAAUCAGUAAUAUACCUUGGUAACAUUACCCCAUGUUCAAAAGACACAGUCGCUGAACAUUUACGAAAUUCUGAUAUCAAAUUCCACAAUAUAUUUCCUGCUAAACGACCUCAAAAAAACAAUGCUGAGAAAACCAAUGACAACGAUGAGGAGUAUAGUUCUUUCAGAAUCUGUAUUCCUGAAAUUGAAAAGGAUAAAAUUUUUAAUGCUGAUAUAUGGCCUUUACACGCCAAUGUUCGUGAAUGGUUAUUUUACACGAAUCUAGCGCCUAAAACUCCAUCCGUUGAUAAUGGCUAG